AUGGCUCCGAAUGCGCCCCAGCUCCCCACACGAUUCCCGUGCUGGUGCCGAGCAAUCUACUCAUGGGGAGGAGAGACUACACGCGAUCUUGGUUUCGUGGAAGGAGACUUGAUCGAAUGCUUGAAUGCUGGCGACGGACAAUGGUGGAUGGGACGUUUGCGCCGGGAUAGGCGAGCUGUCGGCCUGUUCCCUUCCAACUUCGUGGAGCUCAUGAGCGAGGACUUUGUCCCAAUCAGCCGAGAUACCAGCCAGAUGGUUUUAUCAGGCUCAUCUCCGAUCAACAAUCCUACGUCGGCCCCCAAAAAGAACAAAACAGUCUUUCGCAAACCUUUUCAGGCUCACAAGGAAGGGUUGGCACCCUCAUCCCAGAUGGCGCGGGCUGGAACGACAACCCCUGCCAAAAGCUCGAUUCCCCAGACACCUCCUCGAGCUGGCAAAGCUCCGCGCCAAUCUAAACCUCUGCGCACACACGCGUCGGCGGUCAGAAAUCAGGCAUCCCAAUCACGCCCCUCCUCAGUGUCAUCUCGACCCUCGUCCCGUGGGGGUUCAAUGUCUCCGCGAACAUCGACUGAACCCGAACCUUCGCCUUCCGCUCUCAUUCCUCGAGGUAGCAGAGCUUCGACCAGGCCCAUAUCUCGAGAUUCGUCCCCCAUGCCUCGAGAGACUGCGACAGCGCAACAAUCGCAUGUCAGUCCAGUCAUGGCUCCCAUUCAACAUCAACAAUCUCCCAUGGCACAUCAACAGUACCGCGAUCUGUCACCUAUGGAUCGUGAGGUUUCUCCUCUGCAACUUCAGGAGCGUGAAGACUCACCUCCACCGCCGCCUCCGCCGCCACACCGGGUCGUUCUAGCUCGCCCACCCUCUAAUUCACCUCAGCACGCACACCAACAUCAUCAUAAUCAUUCUCAUUCUCAUCAUCAUUACCACAACCGACAAUCUUACUCGCCGCAACCGCCACAGCCUCCCUCACAUCAGCGACACCACUCAGAGCAUUCUCCUCAGCCAUCGACUCGUGGAUCCAGAACGUCUCGUUCCCCGACUCCUUUGAGUAUGAACGACCGUUAUGUGAUAUUUACGCGAACACCGUCACCAGGUGCGCUUUCGGCACACUCUGCUCAUUCUGCCAUGUCUGCGCAAUCGGACAUGAACGGCCGUACGCCUUCACCACUACGAGACGCAAUGGAGGAUGUCAUGACUUCGUUGGAAGACAUGGGUCUCUCCCGGGAGCAGCCAUCUCCGUCUCCUGAGUGUGGAUCUUCGACAUCACCGGUGGCUCCGUCAUUUAACAACCCGUGGUCUGGAGAGGAUUUCAACGACGUGUCUCAUCAAACACAGCCUAUCACCCGUGGGAGACCUCUGACAUCACUGGGCUUCGAUGGGAAUAAGGACCAUUCUCGUGGGAUGUUCACACAGCGACACAGUGUCUAUGCGCACGAGAACUAUAUGGACGGGCCACCCCAACUUAACAACUACGUGCAGCGGAUGGAGAAUCGCCUGCGACAGCUCGAAGAUCAGAACAGGCCACCUGAUGGUCAAAACGGAGAUUUGGACGGGGAUCAACCGCCACCACCUCCUCCAAAGCACGCCACUUAUCAUCCUCGAAAUAACUCUAUCGCAGGACAGUAUGCCCAAGCGCGAUCAGCUCACGAUCAGAGAAGCGAUUUACUGAACCGUUCUUACACCAAUAAAUCGAGUACGACCAGUUCCAGUGGAGUGCAAAGCAUUGGCACCAGCAUGACAACCAGUACCGACAAAACACAACAAAGCUUAAUGAGUGGCUUUUCUGCUGGAGGCUUUAGUGCCACUAGUGCCGGCAGCUACGCGAGAAGAAACGGGACUCAUCAGCGACCAAGCACAGCCAUGGACUCCGUCAGGUCUCGAGGUUUCAGUGAUGCCGGGCACCCCGACAGACCAGAGACGCCUUUGACGGGAAUUUCUUAUCAUUCUAGUCACAACACGUCCCGCCAAGGAGCGUCUUCUGCCAUACCCUGGAGCUCGACAGAUAACGAUGUGGGAGAUUCCGGUGGGGUUUUUGGAGGCCUUUCAACGCCGAAGACAAAAAAGCAAGGAUUUUUCAAAAAAAUCUUCGAGUCCGCCAAGACCGGGGCGGCCAGUGCGAGGAGCAGUAUCUCUGUGGGUCACGGUGGUGGCUCUCUGUCCCCAGCCAAGGGCAAUCGACUUGCAGAUGUGGUCUCGCCGCUGCUGAUUUCGCAAAACUCGCGGGACUUGGGACGUGAGAUGGGCGCCAGUACCAGCUCGAUUGACUGGGUGCAAGUCCGUCGAGACGUGAACCGAGCAUCCUCCCCGAGUCGAAAUGAGAGGAUCGAACGUGCGGAGCGAUGCCAAAUGAUGGACCACCCGGUUAUCUAUGCCAUCGAGGAGCUGUAUGAUACCGCUGAAGGGGAUGAGAGUAUUGAUGGACUUCCCAUUAGCGAGCCCACCAACUUCAACGCCGGGAACUUAACUCUGGUAGACAAGAGCGCGCGGUUUAUUAAUAGCAUUCCGCCGCUUACCAACCCGGUCAAUCUUGCCCAGGGUUACAUUUGUCGACCAUACAAGAGCGACGUCCAGCGACUGCGAGCCAUCUUUACGUGGGUCAGCGAGAAGAUCGCAUGGGAGGAGCCUCUUGAUGGGCUCGAGGUGGAUAUGAAACGAGUCCUGCAUGCAAAACGCGGCAGUCCUCAGGAGAUCGCAUACCUCGUACAUGAGAUGUGCGCAGCGGUCGGCUUGCAUGCUGAGACGAUUCGUGGCUUCCUCAAAACUCCCGGCGACCCUCUCGAUCUGGAGAGUCUCUCUCGACCCAAUCACUGGUGGAAUGCCGUCUUGGUGGACGGCGAGUGGCGCAUCAUGGAUUGUGCCCUGGCGAACCCUACCAACCCUCGGCGGAGCCAAUUCGUGACCAACAACAUGUCGGUCGCCGAAACAUGGUAUUUCCUCGCGCGGCCACUGGACAUUUGCUUUUCACACAUUCCACUUUACCCAGAGGAACAGCAUAUCUGCCCUCCUGUCUCGCCGGACGUUUUGCUGGCUCUGCCUGGCGUCUGUCCACAGUUCUUCAAGCUCAGCAUGCAAUUCCCCGACUACGACACGAGCCUGAUGCGUAUUGAGAAUCUCGAAUGUGUUCAAAUUCGCUUGCUGGUCCCACCGGAUGUCGAGUGCGCCGCUGAGGUGGAGGCACCCGCAUUCGCCCGCGAUGUCGAUGGAGACUUCUUUGAGAGUGGGGAUAUUGUUCGCAAGCGUGCGUUGGUCCAGCCUGACUGGGUUCAGGGGCAGAAACGAAUCACCAUCAAAGCCGUUCUUCCGGGAGAUGAAGGGCAGGCUGUGCUGAAGGUGUACGCCGGCAAAAAGGGCCUUAUGCAUUCCAGUCGUGACAUUCCCCAUCCGAUGGCCCUUGCUCUACCCUUGGUCCACAAGGGCGAGAAUCCUCCCUAUGACUUUGUCCUACGGCAUCCGACGCCUCAUGCUCAACGCCACGAUCUGUACAUCAUGCAACCCCAGUGCUCUCGACUGGCAAUCAACAACACCUUUGUUUUCGCCGUGCGGCAACAUCCCUCGUCCCCUCAAUCUUCGGCCAAAGAUGACCUGCAGGGCAACGGUCGUGCGUCGCCGUCCGUAUUUAUGCGUCCUUCUAGCGCCCUGAGUAUGGUUUCCAGCAUUGCAGGCGCAUCAACCAUCUCCAGCAACUCCAACGAAUUUUCUGCGUCCACCUCGGCCAUUUCCUCAACCCGAUCCGCGUCAGGUCGAGAGAAGCCGGCCAAGCUGGCAAUUCAAGCGCCCUCGGGCAAAAUUCUGCGGUUGACUCGGAAAGCUGACCAUAUGGUCAGCGCAUCUGACACAAACGGGUGUUCAGUCACCGAUGCUCCUGCCGAGGGCAGCGUUUGGGAGACCGUCAUCAAGAUCGGUGAGCGUGGCACUUGGCGCGGCUUAGUUCUCGCUGACCGUGUUGCCCGAUGGUGUGUCUUUUGCGAAUGGGAUUGUGUUUGA